AUGAGCAGAGGGAAAGCCUUGUGGUGUUCACUACUAGUCUUACACUUGCUCUUUCACAAGGAUGAGGGAGCAGCAUGUAACCCUUCUUCAUGCGGCAAAAUCAGCAACAUAAAGCAUCCUUUCAGGCUGAAGGAUGAUCCAGAAAACUGUGGGGAUCGAAGGUACGAGUUGUCUUGCGAGAAUAACAGGACGGUGUUAUAUCUUUUCCCCGGUAUAAGCUACCAUGUGCAGGCAAUAAACUACAAUAACUUCACAAUCAGGCUUGUAGAUCCCGCCAUCUCAGACUCAGGGGAUGACUGCUCCACCCUUCCCAGCUAUUCUUUAUCCACUACCAAUUUCGGUGACAGUUAUGGGUACAUCGGUGUCCCCAAACCAUAUGGAGCCACUCAAGAACGAACUUAUUAUGCUCUAGUAAGAAUGUUCGAGAACGUGAUAUUUUUGAACUGCAGCAAUCCGAUCAGGGACAAUCCACGAUUCGUGGAUGCUUCCCCUUGCAUUAAAGAAGGAGGCAAUGUUUAUGCUGUUCUUGGAGACAUGGAGGUGGGUGAAUUAAGAGAUGAGUGCCAUGUGAAGAUGGUUGCUGCCUCAUCCUUUCUUGUUCCACCGAGACCGGUGUAUGAUUCAUUCAUCAUCGACCAAAACUUGUCAUACGCUGAAAUCCAUAGAAAACUCACUUGCGGAUUUCAUCUUUCGUGGAUGCUCGGCGGUGCUUGUCCAUCUGCCUGUGACCAGCUGAGUUCUUGCUUUUUCAACGAAACCUCUCCAAAUCUCAUCACUUGCCGAUCCCUAGCGGAUCACUGUUUCACUCCAAUAACGUUCAAUGAAUGCGGUGACGUGUCAAAGCUCCAAAUCAUUGCAGAAGGUAUGGAUUCCUGA